AUGCUGCACGCAAAAAAAUCAGGUAUCAAAACGAUCCCCGGAGACAUAUUCGAAGCUGGUCCUGCACCAUCAGAAACCGUGACCAAUCAUCUUGAUUUUCCUCAACAACGGAUCGUCCUUGUUCACGCGUGCAACACCGUUGGCUCAUGGGGUGCAGGAAUUGCUCUAGCUUUCAAGGACCGGUAUCCUGAGCAGUAUGAACUAUAUCGAGAGUCCCAUCUGGUGGUCGAGGACGAGCGUCAAGAACUUCAAGAGGCGAACAUGAUGGAAACGUUCAAGAUAAUCGUUCAAUUCAACGCGGAUUCUCUCGUUGGGACGUGUUUAUUGAUCCCUCCACCUUCCACUUCUCCUUCCUCUCCAGAGUCAAUCUCGAAACCAGGAAUAUAUAUCGCUUGUCUCUUCACAUCAAAAGCCUAUGGUCGCAAAAAAGAUAGUCCCAAAGAGAUCCUUUCUGCGACUAGAAGGGCGCUGGUUGACCUCACGAGGCAGUUGCAUCAAGGGGUGAAUUUCCUUGGAAUUAGAAACACCGAGCACGUCUCACAAUCGCAGACGGAGUCAUACGAGCCUGACGGAUGGGAGUUGCACGCGUGGCACUUGUAG